UCUGAGGAGACGCCGGUGGUGGUGGCGGCGGCGCGAGGAAGGGAGGCGGAGGUCUCCGCUCCGACGGGGCUUCCCUCGCGGUUGGGCGCGGCUCCCCCUCCCCCGAUGCUGGCAGACGGGCGGCAGGGAGGAUAUUUUGGAGACUCAUCCAUCAUGACCAGGGAAUCAGCCCUAGGAGGAACAAAGACAUCUUCCCAGUCCUUCUGGCCUUCCUGCAAACAUACCAGCCAGAAAUAUGGAGGGAGAGGAUCAGGAGCUUAAACCAGGACUGUGACCUCAGGCUUCCAAUCCACUAUGACUGAGAAAAUUCCAAUCCUGAAGGGUGUGGCCAUGGACUUCACCUUGGAGGACUGGGGACAGCUGGGGCUAAACCAAGGGGACUUGUUCUGGGACAAGGCACUGGACAACUAUCAGAACCUCUUCUUACUAAACCCCCUCAGAUCCAGCCUGACCUCCUGUCCAGAUGGUGUGGAAGAGCUGGAGGUGAAAGGAAAUCCAGAAGUGAUGGGCCCUGACAAAGCUGAGACAAAGAAAACUCUGCUGGAAGACUUUUGGGAAGAUGAAGAACUCUCCCAGGGGAUCGUGGAAUUGUUUUCCAAGGAUGACCUUAGGAACUCCAGUUUGGAAGAAACCCUCAUAGACAAUAGCUCAGGUCCAAAAGCAUGCAUGGCCAAGACUGAGAGCAAUAUAUGAAGCUGCACUUCCUCCAGACCCUCAUCCCUUCCAGCCCAGAGACUUGGUCUUGGUGAGAUGCCACCAAAGAGAGACACUCGAGCCCCGGUGGAAAGGACCUUAUACUGUCAUCCUAGCCACCCCCACGGCUCUGAAGGUGGAUGGUAUCGGCGGGUGGAUCCACCACUCCCACGUCGGUGCAGCAGAGACAGAAGAGUUACUCUAAUCUUCAUUCCUGUUACAAAAGUUACAAAAGACAAGGGGGGAAUGUGGAGAUUAGAAUGUAGAGAUUAGAAACUGUUACUUCUUAGAGACUGUUACACUGAAACCAACUGUUACUUGUUAGAGACUUUUACAUUGAAACCAACAGUUCCUUGUUACAGCUGUUAUAGCCGGUAAAGCCUUACAGUUAAACUGAAACCAACGGCUCUUGUUCUGUGUACUAUAAAAGCCAAGAGCAACAAUGUUGCGGGGUCUUCGCAGCAGACUCUCGUGUGUAAGGGUGUCGGCGGCCCAAGCUUAAGCUUGCUAAUAAAGGCUCUUGCUAUUGCAUGUGAUGCUGGUCUUCCUUGUGUGAGAUCAGGACUCGAACUUCUGGGCACAACAGGUUUAACCAUUCUAUAUAGUAUGUUAUGAGGUCCCUCUCUCAGUACUUUUCAAAUUAUCACUCUUGCCUGGAUUGACUUGUGUUUAAGGUACUUAAAGAGUUCACAGUUGUGGAAAUUAUCAGUUGCUUCAAUAUUAUUUCAGGCUCUGAGUUGGAGUACAGUGGCUGUUAAAACCUCUUUUGUUCUUUUUCUUUCCUGUAGGCUAUGGGAACCUGAGGGCUUUUAAACUAUAAGCAAUCUUCUUAGCUUAAUCACUCACUCUUGAUCAAGAGAUAAAGUAGGGUAGGGGAGAGAUAGCUAGUGGUUAUGCAAAGAGAGUCUCACACCCCAAGGAUCCAACGUUCCAGGCUCAAUUCAGCUUCUCUGCCAAGCCAGGCAUCACUGCUGGGCCCUAUGAGUUUCUAAACCAGUCCCGUUUAUAGUCUGUAGUUUUUGAGGCAAUUAUUCACCACGUUCUCACCAGGAGAACAAUGUGGAAAGACUCCCACUAUACAGCCCCACUGCUUGUCCACCGAGUUGUAGCUCUUCUCCUGAGUUUCCUGGCCAGUUCUCUGUUCCCAGAUGUCAGCACAGAGCCUCUCCCCUGCUGCUUCAGCCUCUGAGGGCUGUAGCAACGGAGACUCACAGUUGCAUUUGGUGAGUCUUAGCGGAGUCUUCUCCUCCCUUCAGCAGUCUUUUGUUGGUAAAGCCUACUGGAGGUGGUGCUUCAGCUGGUAAACUGCCAGACUGUUACCAGCUGCUCAAUCUCUCCCUACGUUCCUCUCUGUCCACGAGCCACACAUGUUUGCACUUACUGGUGAGUUAGUGGGUUCCUGAAGUCAUUCUAGUCCUGCCUUGUGGUCCCAGGUGGUCUCCCUUGGUAUUCCUAGUUGACCCGGGAGAGGAGAAGAGAGAAACACAGCUGCUGCUACUCCAUAGCCCCUGCCUCCAGAAGUCUCCUACAGAGGUUUAUUAGUCAUAAUAUAUAGUAAUUUUUACAAAUCAACAAGAAAAGCAUGGACAAUAAAAAAAUGCAAACCACGAACAGGAAUCAACAACUUGUGGAAGAGAAAGAAGUGGCCAAUAAAAAGUGUGAAAAGAUGCCUACCAUCAGCAGUGGCCCACAUAAUUAACUUGAGGGGUCCAGGUGGGGGCACACCUGGUUAAGUGCACGCAUCACUGUGCAUAAGGACUUGGGUUUGAGCUCACGCUCCCCACCUGCAAAGAGGUGAUUCAUAAGCAGUGAAGCAGGUAUGCAAGUGUCUUUCUCCCUCCUCUAAUUCCCUCUCCUCCCUCUCAAUUUCUCUGUUGUCCUAUCCAAUAGAAUAGGAAAAAAAGGGGGCGGCAUCUGGAGUGGUGGAUUCAUAGUGCUGGCACCAAGCUCCAGCAGUGAGCUUGGUGGCAGUAAGAAAGAAGAAAAGAAAAACCUUUCAGGCUGGAAACUAUUACAGCUAUCAGGCGCCCAGCGCUGGCAAGGGGUUAUAGGAGAAGCAUGCUCCCACUAUAUUGGUGGCAGGGAAUGAGGAAAAAGUUGAACAGAGAAGGUUUAUUUCAUUGUUUAUCUCCGUAACUGUGGCAAUGUCUUGAACAGAUGAACCCUAUUCUCCCAGAGUGGUUAACCUAGUUAGUAGUUAACAGUUUUCUGGGUGAGUAGACAGCAAUGGAAACAAAUGUUGUGGUCCCUUCACUCUGAUGAUGUUUGUCAGCCUGGAGAGGGCUGGAGAGGAGGAGCCAGAGCUCGGGCUGCUCUCUCCCCAGCCCGUCAGGGGCCUGGUCCCAGUAAGUGAUCAUAAUAGCUGCCAUGAAAAGUGUUCUAGCCGGGGCUCACUGUGUGCCAGGCCGCGAGUGGCCGUCAGCACCGUUAGUUCAUUUAUCCUUUCCAACUCCAUGGAUCUUACUAGAGCCACCCUAUAAGAGCUCUCUCUGUCCCUUAGUGAGAAGAUGCAGCUAUCAUGCCAUGGGACCCAUGUGACAGGGCCCUAAUGUGACUGAGACCCUGCUACGUUCAAAACAGGUGAUUUGCAUGCAAUGCCAUUUAAAAAAAAAAAAAUUUAUUCCCUUUUGUUGCCCUCGUUUUAUUGUUGUAGUUAUUAUUGAUGUCGUCGUUGUUGGAUAGGGCAGAGAGAAAUGGUGAGAGGAGGGGAAGACAGAGGGGGAGAGAAAGACACCUGCAGACCUGCUUCACCGCCUGUGAAGCGACUCCCCUACAGGUGGGGAGCUGGGGGCUUGAACUGGGAUCCUUCCACCAGGCAAUGCCAAUUUUUAAAUAGGUAUUUGUUGAAAGAAGUUAGAAAGUCUAUUU